AGUUUUGUUUACAAAGCGCGGUUUAAAAGAUUUGCCUAGUUUUUUGACUUAAAUAACUUUCUCUUAUUUUUCAAUUUCAUUUAGACAGUCAUUAAUUGUAUUUAUAUAUUUUUACAUUGUGAUAAUGGCAGAAGUAAAAUUGAGUGAAGGGGAAAAAUGUUAUCUGAUUCAUGGAAUUAAUGAUAACUUCCGAAUUGAUGGACGCUCUUGCUGGGAUAGAAGAGAAAUUGAUUUAGAAAUUAAUUUGUUACCCAGUUGUGUCGGAUCAGCUCAAAUACGCUCUGUAAAUUGUUCAGUGAUAGCUGGUGUCAAAAUGUCUCUCGUGCCACCUGACCCUGGUCGACCUGGUAAAGGUAAAAUUGAAUUUUUUGCUGAUAUAUCUGCCAAUGCAGAUCCUCUGUUUGAGGGAAGAGGAGGCCAAGGAAUUGUAGUGGAAUUGGUCAGUUUUUUUGAAGAUAGCUACAAAGAUUGCUCUCUUCUUGACUGUCUCACUGUUGUGGAAGGUAAAUCAGUCUGGUGUCUUUCAAUAGAUAUUCUUAUCCUCGAAAUUGGAUCAAAAGCAUCGCUUUACGAUUUGUGUUCAAUAGCUGUUAAGGCAGCUCUCUAUGAUACCAGAUUACCCAAAGUAUAUGUUAACCCAGACACUAUGGAUAUUGAAAUUCCUGAUGAUCCAUUUGAUAUAAUGAGGUUAGAUAUAUCUCAGAUACCCGUUUUUGUGACUGUCACUCGAAUUGGCAACAGUUACAUUAUUGAUCCUACCCAAGAAGAAGAGGCUUCGAGUAUAUCAAGUUUAUUAUUUUCUGUGAACAAUUGUGGAACGUUGUUACAUUCCAAAAAAUUAGGACUUGGUAGUCUUCAUUGCGAUCCAAUCAAAGAAUUAAUACCGAAAAUAUCUGUAGUUGCAUUGGAGCUUCAUGAUUUUAUAGAGGAUCAAUGCAAAUCCUUGACGAGUUAACUGGCUUCAUUAUCAUCUAUAAUAAUCUAUCAGAUACCAAAAUGGGUAUCAAGAAUCUAUUGAUUGAAAUGACAAAAAAAUGUAUUCAAAUUACUUUAAUAAAGUUUUAUUUACCACUCAA